UUGAAGGCAACCAGCACCUGUGAUCUUUUGAUUUGCGCUUUCUGUUUUUUGCAGGCUGAGGUAGAAGAAACGCUGAAGCGAAUUCAGAGCCAGAAAGGAGUGCAAGGACUCAUUGUUGUUAAUCCUGGAGGUAUUCCUAUCAGAAGCUCUAUGGACAAAACCACAACCAUUCAUUAUGUUGGCCUACUGCAGAGCUUCGUCAUGAGGGCAAGGAGCAUCGUGCGAGACAUCGAUCCCCAAAAUGACCUCACCUUCCUGCGGAUCCGCACCAAGAAAAAUGAAAUCAUGGUUGCUCCAGGUAAGAGGAAGCAGGCUGAAAGCACCCAGCAGAUCCUUCUCUCGUGAGGUCUGCCAGAGUCACCUGUUGGCUUCUCUGCGGUAGAGAUGCUGUGAGCCUGAGAAAUGAGUUCUGCGUGCUGCUUUUAUUCAUGUUACCUACUCUGUUCUUUUCCAAAGGCUUUGCCCUUCAUUGCUUUCUUCAGUAGGAAAUUUUGUCACUGACCUUAGCUUGCUUUUUCAUGCUGCAGUGUGCGAAAUCACUUUCCUCGUUUAAUUUUCUCGGAGUAGAAAUGGUUAAUUAGCAUUUGACAGCGUGUUGCA